AGGUCGAUGGGGGUGCGAAUGGCUACUUAAGGGUGCCAGACAAAACCAGGGGGAGGAGAGUCAGAAGCCAGAAUUCAAAUUCUGAGCUUAUUGUCAGAGCAGGAGGAUUUAACCUCUCAAUCGUAUCGUGGAGAGCCCCAUAUAAGCAUCUCAGUGGCGUAACACCACUGGCGGAUUUAUUUGGAUACUAGAGAUGGCCACCGUAACGCACACAUUGAUUCCUCUGCUGUUUCUCGCUUUCAUGGCUUUUCCCAUUGGAGUACAGUGCCGAUCUUUGCGUGCACACAUUCGUAAGAUGACAUCGUUUCAAGGAGAGCGAAAAAUCCGUAUUGGACACGUCCAGAAAAGGAUCCGUCGCGAACCGGGCUCCGAGCGUGACCAGUGCGCCCUCCUGAACGCACCGUGGACGGAGAACAGCACUCGAUUGGGUGACUGGGGGCAAAUGUAUCGCCUUAAGAUAUUAACGACGAUGAGUGAUGGUCCACGUCGUGCUGUUUUCCCAGAGCAACCCCUCUUCCGAUUCGUUAGACGGGUGUAUCGCUGUUGUCAGUUGGGGUACCACUGUGGAAGUGUCAAAGGAAUACAAGGGCGUAAACUUGGAGACUUCAACAUUGAGUUUCUUCUCGGUGAGUAUGUGCUGUCAGCACCGUUGGUGAGAGCAGAAGUUCAUUUUCACUUUUCAAACCCUCAACACUUCAACAUCCAACCUGUGCUGCCUUCAUUGGAGAAACGAGGCUUCCCUACCAGAUACAGUGUCUGGAUGAGGGAUGGGGUAGUGGAGCUAAGAGUGGAUCUACUUGGCCUCUUCCAGGCACUGCAGCUGGCCAUCGGUGGAGCCAGUAGAGCCCCCAGUCUGAUGGAAAUGCAUCGGGUGAGGGGCCUGACCAGACCAAGGGCCCUUGGCCAAAGGGAAAGUCCUCCAGGCCUUCGAGACACAGCACACGUAGUGUGGGGGGAGGUGAAUGAGGACAGGGAGGGUGCAGCCCUACUACAGCCUGCUUUAGAGCUGGGACUAGCAUUACAGUGCAGCUUAGUGGACAACAUCGCACAACCCUGUCAAACCUAUGAUGUACAACUUGUACAUGCACCCUUUAUUUCUCUGGCAUACAGAUAGCAACAUAAAAAGCUAUAUAGAACAGUUUCUUAACUCAUACGUUUCCGACCAAACACUGUGAAUCCCUAGCUCUCCCCCUUCACAAGUGUGGCCAUAACAUCUCUGUCCAUUCAGUCCACCAACACCUGGUGUGAAUGUUCCCUGUAUGGUUCGGUAUUUCAAGAAUUGCUAAUGAUUCCCAUUGUUCUCUGACAAUGGUUCACAGACUCAAGAAAGCCUACUGUAAUUCAGAGUGGCCUAUAUUUUAUGCAACACUAUGCACUUCUGCAUGUAAAUUGAAUUUAUUAAGUUAUGGGUGUUAUUUGUGAGGGGAAAAAGUAUCACUGUAUAAUGUAAAUAGGGUAUAAUUACAGUUAUAUAUAAAUAACUUGUUGUUUUUUUGCUUUGUACCUGAGUGUUUGUCCCUCUCUAAUGUUUCUUAC